CCGGGGCGGGCCGCGUCCCUCUUGCAGCUGCUAGGAUGCUGCUGCCCCGGGGCUCGCCGCCGCUGGCUGCUCUGUCCCAUGUGCUGCGGCUGGAGCGGAGCCGCCGCACCGGGAUCGUGUUCCCGCUGCAGAAGCUGGAGCGGUACCUGGCGCCCGGCACCGACACGGCGCUAUUCCGCCUCUUCCAGCCCGGGCUGGCCGCCCUGCAGCGCGCCGAGGCGCUCUUCAGGUCCGACCGCGGGCACCCCAUCGACUACGUGAGCUCCGCCAUUCGCAUGGACCAUGCCCCGCCGCCGGCCCUGCCCGAGGUGUGCUUCAUCGGCCGAAGUAAUGUGGGGAAAUCAUCUUUAAUCCGGGCCUUGUUUUCACUGGCUCCAGAAGUGGAAGUUAGAGUGUCAAAAACUCCGGGCCACACCAAGAAGAUGAAUUUCUUCAAAGUAGGAAAGUACUUUACUCUGGUGGAUAUGCCAGGAUAUGGCUAUCGUGCCCCGCAGGACUUUGUUGAGAUGGUGGAGGCCUAUCUGCAGGAACGGCACAACUUGAAGAGGAUUUUUCUAUUAGUUGAUGGUGUAGUUGGACUCCAGAAAACAGAUCAUAUUGCAGUAGAGAUGCUGGAAGAGUUUAGGAUUCCUUAUGUGAUGGUGUUAACAAAAAUUGACCGAGCUUCCAGGGGAUUAUUGUUAAAGAAUGUACUGGAGAUCCAGGAGUUUGUAAAGGAGAGCACUCAGGGAUGCUUUCCUCAGCUGUUCCUGGUCAGUGCUGUGGAGUUCUCGGGGGUUCACUUGCUCAGGUGUUUUGUAGCCCAUGUUACUGGAAACCUGCCCACUGUAGAGGCCAGCUGAAAAGACCUGCUGAUCUGCUUGGCUCAUCAGGAACAAAAGCUAUUUUUUUUUCUUUAUUAGGUUCAUCAGUUCAGGAAGUUUGCAGUGUGAAUUAAUCCAUGUUAUUAUAAAACUGUUUCAGAAAACCUACAUGAUUGUGCUAAGGAGAAAAAAAGUAGGUAACCUCCAUAGAGAAGGGAACUUUUAAUACAGCAUUUCCUCUCCCUACUCUGAAAUGUUCAAUAAUCUACUACUCCAUGCCUAACCUCUGCUAUAUUUAGGAUACUAGAGACAGUCUAGUAAUAUCAUUAAUAAAGAGGCAUUUAAUCUAGGAAAGAAAAACUACAGCCCUAACAUUAGGCAAACUGUAUUGCCCAGUUGAACUCUACGAUACACAGAGAUUUACUUCUCUCAGCUGGGUUAGGGUUAGGAUAGCAGGGGCCAAAAACUGCAUCCUGUGCAUCCUUCCUGCUCUAAGGCCAUGCAGAGUGGAGAUAGCCAGCCUGUUAUCUGUGAAGGUAUGUUUGACGUCUUGUAUAUUUUACUUUUGUAACUCUUCUGUGUCCUGUGUUCAGUAGGUGCAGCAGGAUAGCAUGCCUUGCUUGCAGACAUUGAGUUGUCCCUGUUCCACAAGGAUGAAGGAAAGAACGCAUCUUUUAUGGGAACUGCUUUUCCAGGAGUGUUGGCUUGAAACAGAGUGGAAUAAAAGACUGACAUCUAGAGGAGCCCUGUCCUGCACACUGUCAUGAGUCAGUGCUGCAUCUACCUUCUGUUUUGAGGUCCAGCAUGAAUUUCUGCAGCUCCACGUGGAUGAAAUGCCAGAUCUGAGGCACACCAUCCAUGAUCUGUAUUGGCUCUACCCUGGCAGCUGAAGCACAACACUGAUGUGUCCUGUACACUUUAGGGGAACUGCUUCCCACAGCAGCUGUGUCUAAGAGCACUUGAAACUGUCCAGUUACAAGGCAGAACUGGACAAAAGGACAGCCAUCAAUAGCAGCACUCAUACAGGAGAACUUAGUCUGAAGCUAUGAAGUGCCUGUGUCAAACCCUGACACUCAGUUUUUGCCAUGUCUUAAUGUGGCCAAGUGUGGUUAUGUAGUUGUCAGAGUUACUUGGAUUAAGCAUUUAAAUCUCAAGAAAGGAAAGUUAUUUUCUAAACCACUCUGACAGUGCAAAAGAACUAGAAAUGCCACUUUCUUUCACUAUGCAAUUUCUUGUAACACACUAGACAUGAGACAAGAUCUGUUUUCAGCAUAUGUGUAGGAAGAGGAGCGUGUGAUGAAUGCAGUAAUUGUGGCUCUCUAGCUUCUUCAUCUUAGUGAUCAAACCUGUAAUUCUGUUAAUAUUUUAUCUCUAGUCCCAAAAUGCUGCGGGGCAAACCAGUCCAAGAGAUGCAUGAUCCUAGAAAUGGAGCAGUAGCUAUACAGAUGGUGAAAGUGAACACUUCAGGAAGGGCCUUUUUUUAGAAUCUUUAAACCAGGAUCUUCCAGAAACAUCAGUCUCAUCAAAGCUGUAAUUUUCAGGGCCCUUGACUGAAGAGCCUCUGAAAAUAACCUCAAUUAUGUAAAAAAGUGCAGUUCUGCUUUUAGUCCCUCCUCAGAACAAAACCCUUUAAAUUUCAUUACAACCCCUUACGGUGCUAGGAAGUCUUUUACUGACCACUUAAAUAUGUCCAGUUAAUCCAUUUGUACAAACAAACUGGAUGUGUGUGCAUGGAACAUUAGGUACCAUCUUCUGCUGAAGAACCAAUUUUACCUCUGGACACAUACUGGUUUUAUUCAGAAGUGCUUCAGAUACUAGAAUAACUCCUGCAUUUUGGUCAGACAUUUGCAAGAGCCAAUACUACAGUUUGAUUCUUGAGUGUGACAAUGCCCUUAUGACAAAACAGUAAAUAAAAUCAAGUUCUCUCCCUAAACAGUAAAA